AUGUGCCAUGCCGAAGGUCCUACACAAUCUAUUACUAAUUGUGCAAUGAUGACGAUCGCCAAUCCCAAAUUCAGUACUAUAUUUCGUCAAUACCAGGAUAGCGAUUUUAUUGACGAGGAGGAGGUUGAAGAUGCCGAAGAUCUUGAUGCAGACUUUAGUCCAGCACUAAGGCAAGAAUAUUCGCCUUCAAUGGUUUGCACUGUCCUGCGUAACCGUACAAUCCAGAAGGUUCCCCAUGAUGGGUACUCCUCGCCAGAUACUAGCUCAUGCAAAAAAAAGGAUCCUACAGUUGUCCUCGGUCUAUCGCGCGACUUUUUUGAGCUUACCAAAGAUAUCCUAACAAGGCCACAGGGUAAAGAAGAGAGAGAAGAACUCGAUAAAUUGUAUGACCACAUUGAGGCUUGCAUGGAUAGACGUGCAAUACGAAAUGAAGAGACCGAACACAGAAGAAACCCAAGUUUAUUGAGCAGACUGAGGGCCUGUCUUGAUGGAGAUUCAAGCAGUAAAGAAUAA